AUGUUGCACAGUUCUUUGCCCCGGGCGUUCCUGGCCCCCGGGUUGAACUAUCUGGGCUACUAUGGCGACGAGAUCCACCAGCAUCCGUACUGCACGCCCGCUACCUGGCACAUUCCCAUGGAGAAUCCCUCGAGCUACCCGAGGGUUCCCGAGCAGCACGUUCUGCAGACGUGGGACCUGUCCAGGUCGUCGACACCGUGCCCCCUGGACCUGUCCCUGAAGCCGCCGCCCACGCCGAGCACCCCGAAGACCGAGGAGCCCAAGAAAGCACACAGGAUCCUCAACGAUCUGCAGAAGGAGUCCGAGAGCACCAGGUACAGAAGGAACAGCGAGGAUGCGGGCUCCCUGGUCGUGGACGACUUCGACGCCCUGCCGCGAAGCUCCUCGGUUCACAGUCACUCCAGUUACGAGCAACUGCUCUCGAAGAACGACGCGAUCUCGCUCCAGGACUCCGCGGAGAAGCCCUCCGUUCCGUUCGGUUCGCCCAGCGACGUUGCGGCGAAGUCGUAUUACGCACAGAGUCAGAAGCUUCUGCUGGCCAGUCCCGGUCACUUGCAGUCGGAGCAGGGCUACCAUCAGCAGCUGCUCCUGACGCCGCAGCAUCACUUGCAGGGCAUGCAACACGCGCCCAUGACGCCGCCCAGCACGCCCUCGCCGCCUCAUUGCUCGCGAAGAAAGGUCAGAGAGGAGGACGCCAGUCCGGCGUCGUCGAUGACAAACAGCGGCUCGAAAAUCGGCCCCGCCGAGAAGCUGCUGCAACGACCGAAGAAGAAGCACGCCAGGCGGCUCAAGUUCGACGAGGACACCAGCAGCCCGGUGUCCGGGACCGUGAUCCUGGGCCCCGACGAGGCGGUCGUCACCGGGGACAUCGAUCCCGCCUUCAACAUCGUUGAAGUCACCGAGGAGGCGCGCGCCGAGCUAGCGAAGAUCGAGAACCGUCUGGGCCCGUAUCAGUGCAAGCUGUGCAGACAACUACACGAGGAUGCGUUCCAAUUGGCGCAGCACAGGUGCUCCAGGAUAGCCCACGUCGAGUACAGAUGCCCCGAGUGCGACAAGAGGUUCUCGUGCCCCGCGAACCUGGCCUCCCACCGGCGAUGGCACAAGCCCAGGCUUGCCAACGGCGAGCACGCGUCCACCGCCAACGGCGUCGAGAUACCCUGCACCAGGUGCGAGGCAAAGUUCACCAGGCAGGUCGCCCUCAGGAAGCAUCUGGCCACCCAGCAUCCGGAAGCGAACAACAACGUCCUCAUCGAGGCACAGGGCACCGUGGCCAAGGCGGACGUCGCAGCGGCUCAGAUGGUCUCGGACGGCACCCUGGCCACCGAGAUGCCCUGA